AUGAGUGGAGAUAAAGAGUUCACUCCCAAGGGCUCGCAAGACGUGUCAUCUGCAGCCGAAAGCACUUCGGAAAAAUGCACAGGCGUGCAGGACAAUGCCUCUGCUCCCGAGGGGAUGACAAAUAAUUCGGCUCAAACUGGUUCAUUACUCGGGACAAUAUGGUCUCUUUCCAGCUCGUUUCUUGGAAGGGCGUCAGGCCAGAGCAAAACUGCGAUUCCAAAUCUUGGCAAGGACCAGAAAUUGUCGGGUGGAAAGGCUGGUGAAGAUACCGCAGUUGCAGUAUCUGCAUCUGAAAGCCUAAAGUCGACGAAACCGGCCCAGACCGCUCUCGAAGGAAAAGAAAAUCAGGCGUCGCCAGAGGCAUAUUACACGCCCAACGAGGUUCCGCUCUUCAAGAAGCUGCAGAAGAAGCGGUUGACGGGGACGCGGACGAAGCAGCUUCUUCGUGCUGCGUCACGGGCUCAUGAUGAUCCUCCGCCGCCGCCGGAACUGGGGACGUGUUGUGGGAGCUCGUGUGAUCCUUGUGUGAAUGAUUUGUGGAGGGAGGAGAGGGGUGUGUGGAGGGAGAGGUGGGGAGAUCGGGCGGUUGAGAAGGACGGGGAUGGGAAGAGGAAGGAGCUUGAGUGGUAA